AUGGUCAAAAUAAAUGUGUCCCACUGCGGUCCCCCCCCGCUACAUGGAGCCCCACAUCCUGGGCUGGAGGCCUCUCAUGCUCAAGCUCAGGCUCAUUUGAAGUAUCCUCUUCCUGAGGCCACCCCCGAUGACGUCAAUGUGAGACACAUUACUAUACUUACGGAUGGUGAUACACCAAACAUUAAUAAGAUCACCAACAGUGAACUGUUCCACUGUCCCUUCUGUAAAUACGUGGGUGCAAAAUUCAAGGUCGACUACCAUGUAAAAGGCCAUUCGUCAGUGAAACACAAAGAGUUCACAAUAAUCAAGUGUGGAUUAAGUUGUCGGACGGCAACACAUUUUCAUUGUUGCUAUUGUGCAGCAACACUUAGAAAUCGAUCGCAAUUGGUAAGGCACCUACAAAUACACCAGGAGGAGGUGCAAGCUGCAGCCCCUGUACAGCACUUUGUGGCCCCCGCUCAACUCCCUCAGCUCCCCGUGGCCCUCCCUCAGCUCCCCGUGGCCCUCGCUAAGGUCUCUAAGGUCCCUCAGCUCCCCGUGGCCCUCCCUCAGCUCCCUGUGGCCCUCGCUAAGGUCCCUCAGCUCCCUGUGGCCCUCGCUCAGCUCCCAUUGGCUCCUGCAGAAUGUUCCACUGCCACUAAAGCAUCAAGUGAGCAAAAUAAAUUCUGUUGUCCUCAUUGCAAGUUGAUUUUAAACAAAAAAAACUUCAAAACACACAGCAGGAGAAAACACACCAACCUCCUUGAGACAAUAACGAAGGACAGAUUUUUGGCCUGUCAGUGUAUCGAUGGCACACAUGGUGUGUUUGCAGUUGAAAAAUCUUUUUGUGGUCCUGCAACACCCAUACAUGUAAUCAAGAAUAUGUGGGGGCCAGCACAGAAGAUCAUCUGUGAGGUCGACCAGUGUCGUUUGAAUGCUGACUUUGCUCAAAGGAGCGGGAUGUUGCCUUUCGAGUGCCACCACAUCCAAUCAUUAUUGUAUUGCCCACGCACUGACGGUCAAACCGUGACACUUCCAGGUGAGGCCUUGGAAAGAAUGGUGGAAAACAAGUGGUUUGGUGAGGAGCGUAAGGCCGGCCUCUUGCGUUUCCAAAAAAAUGCUGAUGCUGAGGGUGUGCCUCUGUCUGUGCACUUGACUGUAGGUGGUCCACCAUCUAAAUUUCAUAUAUCUGUUUAUGAAAAAAAGGUAACAUACCACAGCAGGUUGGGAAGAGUUAUUGUGGCAUAUGAUGCAAAGCAAAACACCUGGCAUUGUCCCUGCUCUAAAGCGAGACAAUCCUGUAUCCAUAAAGCUGUUGCUAAAUGGCAUCUGUUUGUAACAAAGAGGGAGCUUUUUAGGAAGGUGAAGAGCACAGAGGAAUAGACACUUAAUCUUACCGAGAUCAGCACAGUCCAAUACGACAGCGACUCUGAGGACAGUUAUCCACCAGAUGACAGAAAAAUCGCAAGGAUGCUUAAAUACCUCCUCAACAACAAAAAGCUCCCGGCAAAUAUAC